AUGGGUUAUCUAAUACUGACAAAAUUUUUUAUUGCUGGUAAUAUCUAUCUAUCUAUCUAUCUAUCUAUCUAUCUAUCUAUCUUCUAUAUAUAUUUGGUUUGUUUUUUUUUUUACGUCAUAUCAACCUCAAUGGGUUAUCUAAUACUGACAAAAUUUUUAUUGCUGCUAAUAUCUAUCUAUCUAUCUAUCUAUCUAUCUAUCUAUCUUAGUAUAUAUUGGUUUGUUUUUUUUUACUUCAUAUCAACCUCAAUGGGUUAUCUAAUACUGACAAAAUUUUUAUUGCUGGUAAUAUCUAUCUAUCUAUCUAUCUAUCUAUCUAUCUAUCUUAGUAUAUAUUGGUUUGUUUUGUUUUACGUCAUAUCAACCUCAAUGGGUUAUCUAAUACUGACAAAAUUUUUAUUGCUGGUAAUAUCUAUCUAUCUAUCUAUCUAUCUAUCUAUCUUAUAUAUAUUGGUUUGUUUUGUUUUACGUCAUAUCAACCUCAAUGGGUUAUCUAAUGCUGACAAAAUUUUUAUUGCUGGUAAUAUCUAUCUAUCUAUCUAUCUAUCUAUCUAUCUAUCUAUCUAUCUUAGUAUAUAUUGGUUUGUUUUGUUUUACGUCAUAUCAACCUCAAUGGGUUAUCUAAUACUGACAAAAUUUUUAUUGCUGGUAAUAUCUAUCUAUCUAUCUAUCUAUCUAUCUAUCUAUCUUAGUUUUGUUUUGUUUUUUUUGUCUUACGUCAUAUCAACCUCAAUGGGUUAUCUAAUGCUGACAAAAUUUUUAUUGCUGGUAAUAUCUAUCUAUCUAUCUAUCUAUCUAUCUAUCUAUCUUAGUAUAUAUUGGUUUGUUUUGUUUUACGUCAUAUCAACCUCAAUGGGUUAUCUAAUACUGACAAAAUUUUUAUUGCUGGUAAUAUCUAUCUAUCUAUCUAUCUAUCUAUCUAUCUAUCUAUCUUAG